ACUGAGGUAGGCAGUCGCGCUGUGCCACCAUCCACCUGGCUACAUUAAUCUAACCCUGUGUCCUAAACUCACCUCGCUCAGACCACUCAGGUUAUCAGCAUGGAGGAUUCCUCAGAACAGUCCCACUGGGUGUCUCCAUCUCUGCUCAGCUCAGAUCCUCUGGCCGCUUUCUCCUCUGAGCCCAGCCUGCUGCCUCCAGGAGAAGAGGGAGAGCCCUUCUUCUCCGGCCAAGACUCCGACUACACCAGCCUGCCCUCCUUCUUCUCCAACCCGAGCCACGGCCGAGUGCCGUCCACCUACAGACAUAGCUCGGUCCGACAGGUGUUCUCCUCACCAAGUCUCAUCAGCAACCUCCAGCUGCUGGACGCGCCGGGCGGCCACUCCCUGAGCUCACCCUACAACCCUCCGGCCUCCACCUGGAGCAGCAGCCCCCUCACCAAGACCCCUCUGCACUCGCACACCCCAACCUCCCUGUACACCCCCAGCAUCACCUCCUCCUUCACCACCUCCAGAGAUGGAUACUCUUCUCCGGGCAGAGAUGGCAGGGAGAGCCCCCGGCUUCAAGAGGCCCUCAAGGCUGAGCGCAUGAGCCCGCUGGGGGGUUCGGGGGCCAGCAGCAGUUUUCUGAAUCUGACCCCUGCGGCUGGGAGUGUGUACACAUCGUCAACCCACUCCCACCCCCACAUGCUGAGCCCUUACAGCUCGUACAUGAGCGGGCCUCAGGAGUACAGCUCAGCCGCCCUCUACUCGGGCCCCGGGGCCUGGAUAAGCCCCUCGUACUCACCUAAAAUGCGCAACAAGAUGAGGAUAUCCACUCCAGAGGCCAGAGAGUGUGUUAACUGUGGAGCCACAGCUACGCCUCUGUGGCGCCGGGAUGGUACAGGCCACUACCUGUGUAACGCCUGCGGACUGUACCACAAGAUGAAUGGUCAAAACAGACCUCUGAUCCGGCCCAAGAAGAGACUGAUUGUCAGCAAGCGGGCAGGUACACUGUGUGCCAACUGUCACACAAGCACAACAACACUGUGGAGACGCAAUGCCAAUGGAGAACCUGUGUGUAACGCCUGUGGGCUCUACUUUAAACUGCACAAUGUCAACCGGCCCCUCACCAUGAAGAAGGACGGCAUUCAAACACGCAACAGAAAAGUGUCCAACAAGAACAAGAAGAGCAAGAAGGCUGCCAUGUUGGAGUCGUACUCGGAUGUGAACCAGCCAUCCUCCAUGGACGACAACUGUGGGCCCUUUUCCCUCGGCCCCGGGACUCUGCUGACCUACAGCCACACGCCGCACCUCAUCCCAACACCGUCGCCACUGCACCCCUCUGCCAGCUUACCCUACACACACCACCUCAACACUGGUAUGGUGCCAACACUGGUGUGAAAGAACCAGACAACCUUUACUGCAGGGGGACACAGUUCUUACCAAUCAAUGCAUAUAUAAUUAUAAAUCAGCACGCUUGCUUGCUUGCCAGUUACUUGUGUGGAUUUGUACAUAUGUGUUUCUACACUGGAUGUCAUGUGAAUGAAGUUUUCUGUUUAUUUUCACUGUAUUUUAAGGGGGAAACUCCAAGUUUGUAGAUAUUAUUUUGAUCCAGAGCUUGUUUUAAUUCAGAGGAAAUUAUUCUACUGAGGUUCCCGCACAUGUAUACACACUGAUAGGAAUUGUUUCAGCUGUAAAUAUUAACUAAAAAACCUGAUUUGAUUGCCAUAUCUGUGUCCUAAUCCCUCUUCUAUUAUUCAUAAUGUGAAAUUAUAUUUUGGUUUUGUGUUGUAUGGGUCUGUUUUGUAUUUCCAGAAUUGAUAUUUACCAUGAAAUUGAAGCUCUACAGGGAAAAUAAUAAAAUGUUUGACUCAUUCCGUU